UCUCAAAGCCAAAAGCGUAUGCCAUAGGUCCAUAUCAGUAAGAAUGAUCAAGGUCGGAGCAAACGGUUACAGUGGCAAACAAUUUGGUGAUACAACCAAAACCAAGAUCUUUGUCGGAGGAUUGCCGUGGGAGACUCGAGUCGACACCAUGAGACGCUAUUUCGAGCAGUUCGGGGAGAUCCUGGAGGCCGUUGUCAUCACUGACAAGUUCACAGCAAGAUCAAAAGGCUAUGGUUUUGUGACGUUCAAGGAUCCAGAAUCAGCUGUGAGAGCUUGUGAAAACCCUAAUCCUAUCAUCGAUGGAAGGCGAGCUAAUUGUAAUCUUGCAGUCCUCGGUGCACAGAAGAAUCGUCCAACCACUCCUCAGCCUCAACAUGAAGUUGUUGAGGGAAUGAAGAAAACCAGAUCAUCAUCCAUACCUUUCAUCAACACCUAUUUCCAUCACUCCAACCCCCAAUAUGCAUUAAUCCCUUAUUCGACUUACGGGCAUCCAAUUUACCAGCAAGACAAUAACUUUACAUUAAUGAAUUAUAAUUACACCGGAUAUGGUGGCUGGGGGCAACAGCAACACUACUAUCCUUAUCCUGGGGUGUACUAUUAUCCGUGUGUUCCAGUACAAGCACAACCUGGACAUAAUAGUCCAACAACAUCCAAUCCCAGACCCAAACUACAGAGCUUACCACUUGCACUUCCUACUACUACAGUCACAGGUACUUACUCCAACUUUGGUCUCUACUCUAACUAGUCCAGUGCAUGCUAGUUAUAUAUCCAAUGCCAGCACAAUCCAUUGCCGGAACCGCCAACAACUGCCUCCGAUUCUGCGAAGAGUUCAUCGACUAAUGUCCGGUUACAAAGUUGGGAUAGAAAGGGCCAAAGAGAUGCAAUAAUACAUUCCCUGUUAGACUAUGUUCUUUUAGCUACUUGAUUCAUUCAUACAUUUUUUUUCAUUGUCAAUAACCAAAAGGGAGCUUAUAACAAAAUUUCGUAGAUAUUUUCGGUUUUUGUUUUCAAA